UUUAAUGACAUGUUGACCUGCUGUGGUGGCUUUUAUUUCGUUAAUACACCUUUAACCAGAAUUGGAUGUAGUUUUGGGGACAUUUUCCUUGCUUUAUUCGCUUUUUCCAGCCACCCUGCGGGGGAAUGAUCAGCCUCCAUCCCUGGAAGUCCUGACAACCAGAAAACGUGGAGGAGGAGGGGGGGUGGACUCUUCCAGUUCAGGUAAACCAUGGCCAAUGAACCUGUCAUCCUCAACGUGUAUAAUAUGUACUGGAUAAACGAGUACACUUCCAAUCUGGGCAUUGGAGUCUUCCACUCAGGCAUCGAGAUUUAUGGCAGAGAGUUUGCAUACGGGGGCCAUCCGUACCCUUUCAGCGGGAUCUUUGAGAUCACUCCUGGGAACACCGCGGAGCUGGGGGAGACAUUCAACUUCAAGGAGGCCAUAGUUCUGGGCACCACGGACUUCGCGGAGGACGACAUGAAUAAGGUCAUGGAGGAGCUGGGCAGAGAGUUCAAAGGCAACGCGUACCACCUGAUGCACAAAAACUGCAACCACUUCUCCUCCUCGCUGUCCGAGCUGCUGUGUGGGCGUGAGACCCCGCGCUGGGUGAACCGCCUCGCCUACUUCUCCUCCUGCAUCCCCUUCCUGCAGAGCUGCCUCCCCAAGGAGUGGCUGACGCCCGCCGCCCUGCAGACCCACAUCAGCCUCCACAGAGAGGAGCACCGCGAGUCCAGCGACGAGGACCCUUCGUCCCCCACCGACAAGCACAGCUGCCGCCACACCAGGGUCUGAAACACCCUCAGACGCUCAGAGGGGAUUUAGUGGGAUCGAACAACCAGCUGACCUCAGACCGAUGGUCCUCAAAGGAAAGACUCAUAACACUGGGAUUUAAGACCCCUGUACGACAGGAUGGCAAACUCUUCCUCGGACUCUUGUAGAUCUGAACUUUGUAACUAUUCAGCUCUUUUUCCACAAACUGUUAAACCUCUGUCAGCCUUGCUCCCUGCCUUCAGAGCUGCUUUUGUAGAACGACUCGACCUCCGAAUCUGCAUAACUCCAAUAAGUCCUCAAUAACCUCUCUGUGGCCUUCAGCUGAUAUCUCUUUCAGUGUGGAAAUCACAGCGUUAACCUGGGACACAGU